UGCUUCUGAAAGCGAACGACAAAACAACAUGGCGGUGUUGAGGAGUUGAAAAGUUGAAGACAUGUGGUUUGAUGAAUAACCAUGGAUCUUGAUCAGCAGUGCCCAAAAUGCAAGACUAGUAAAUAUAGAAAUCCUAAACUUAAACUCUUGGUGAAUAUUUGUGGACACAAACUGUAAGUUUUGCACAAUUUGCUUUUUAACAUGUUAAAAUAUAUGCACAGCUGUACAAAAUGUACAGGCAUUUGCGUUAUAACUUUCAGAAGAAUGAACCUUAUCAUUGCUCAGCAUUUCCCCCUUGACAAGCAAAACCAUCUGGUAGUAAACAAAUAUAAGCUAAACCAGUUUUUGGCACAGUGUUAUUCAUCUUAUUUUUCAUAGAUGUCUUAAUUGUGUUGAUGUUCUCUUCACUCGACCGUCAGCAGCAUGUCCGGAGUGUGAGACGCCAUUGAGAAGAAGUGACUUCAGACUUCAACAGUUUGAAGAUUUGAUUGUGGAGAAAGAAGUUGAUAUUAGAAAACGAAUUAUUAAAAUGUAUAUUAUGAACAAAUACUACUAGUAUAUAAUUAUUAGGAAAAGUUUUGCAUUUUGCUGUUCCUAUUUAAUUGUUGAGUACAUUCUCAGCAUGCUAUGAAAUACUGAAUUACAUAACUACAUGAUUCUGGGAUGGUAAACUGUAAAGACUAAUGUAUUAACAAACAGAUAAACAGACAAACCUCUCAUGCAGUUACCUGACAGACAUACAAACUGAUAGACAGAGAAACAAACAGGUGGAUGGAGAGGACGAGAGGUAGACACAUAGAAAGACUAGACAGGCAAAAAUAUAAAACCAGUGCUGUAAGUAACUUGAUUACAAGUAACAAAGCUACAAGUAGUCGUUAUUUUUUGAAUAACUGUAACGGUACCUAGUUACGUUUUGAAAAGAAGUAUCUGUAAUUAGUUACAUUUUGGCUUAAAAUGGACCGAUAAUGCGUUACUUUUCUGAACCACAUUUACUUUACUUUUUUCGUUACAUUUUCACAUUAAAAUAUUAUACUUGCUAUUUUGUUUACACAAGCUGAUUCACACUAAAAUAACUCCUUUGCCUAUUCGCUGGUUUGCAGUCGGGGUAUCCUAUUCUUCAUAGCAAUUUAUUUAAACUCAAUCUCAAUGUAAUUAUUAAAUCCUGCAGAUUACUAACUUCGAAUAAGUUACAAGAAAUUGAAAAUAACUUUUUAACCAGUUACGAAAAUCGUGAAGUAACUUUGUAACGGUAACUAGUUACAUUGUGACUGUUAAUGUAACUAGUUUAAAAAAAUCAGUAACUUUUACACCACUGGUUAAAUAGACAAUCAAAAGGAGAAGAAAAAUGGACAGAUACGAAUGUAUCUUUACACACAGACAAACAGAUUCAAAAAACAAACAAAUAAGCACAAUGUUGAAACUGACCCAUUGAACGGCUGAGCACUCUCCUCUUGGCGAGUACAGUCGUCUGGCAUUAGACAGAGAGUAAAAUAAUAAAGUAGGGCGCAUUGCCUUUUUGAUGUUAUGUACUCAGGUGAAUAUAAUGUUCUGAUGUUACUCUGAGUGUAUAUCCACACCGGGCAGGCUGAAAAGUUAGGGCGCAUUGCCACUUAUGGGGUUAAAGUAGUAAAGUAUAACAAUUCUCAAAUUUGAUGUUUUUCAGUUACAACAAAAGAGAAGAAGAUUUCUCCAAUGAACCAAAUUCACUACGAGCUUACAAUGAUUAUCUUGAAGAAAUAGAAACUAUCGGUGAAGCAUCAUCACUUCAUAUUUUUAUAUCGGCAUAGAAACGAAAACAAGUCUAAACUGUGUUUAAAACUGUCUUUUGUUUCCUAGUUUGGAACCUCGCGAACAACAUUGAAGUUGAUGAAACAAACAGGAACGUUGAAAUGUACAAAAAAGAAAAUGAAAUCUUAAUAAAGAAAAACACUGUGAAAAAUGUAAGAUGGCAUAGACACCUGACUGGACCAAUUCGGGACGGGACGCAAAUUGGCCUGGUUCCUUACUUUCAUUUGUUCGCGUGCAAAUUUGUACGUUAGUUGGAAUUUGUGUGUUUUCAUGCCUCCCUGUGAACUCGAACGGCGAAAUCUUGCAAAUUUGAAUACGUUUCGAACACAUUUGCUACCUGUGUUAACACGUUUUAAUGAGUUUCUUCGACAUGGCCGCUUGCCUAUGUGCAUGGUAUUAGCCCGCGUGCAGGUCCAAGGGAACUGAUAUCAGUUCCCUUGGGCCUGCACGCGGGCUAGCAUGGUAUAAAUGAAUACGGUCUAAUAGACUAAUACUAACAAAUGCGGUUAAUAGACAUGUUUCGUUUACAACAGGUUUAAGGAUAGGCUUGUGAUUGGACUGAGAGACAUUCGUACACGAAAAAUGGGAUUAUAACAAUCAUACGCGCCUGCCUAAACAGGCAAACAUGAAAACGAGACCAUUAGGGAAACGUUCAAUAAACAGUAAAGUCUAUUGGCACGUUGCCUCCCACUGUGCGCUGCCGUAACCUGAUAAGAUCAUGUAGUUCUUGUUUAGUAACACAGCUCAGAUCGUGAAGUUGUUUUUUCCACAGAGCCGUGAGGAAGAGUUUGUUAAAUCUCGAAUCGAAGCGGAGGGCAGAGAGAACGAAGAACGUCGAGCACAAUUUGCAAAUGCUGUGAAAGAAGAGGAACAGUCCAAGAAAAAAGAGAAAGAAGCGCUGCUUGACGACUUGGUAGGAACCUUCUGUGUUUCUGUUUUGGGGGUGUUGGUGGCAUAAGUCGUUGAUCCAACCACAUUUUGAUUAUUGCAGUAGCGUAUGGGGCAAUUUAGGGAAGGUCUUGGGACGCAAGCUUCAAAAAUUACAAAAUAGAGCUUCACGGAUUAUUACAGGAUCCGACUACAAUGUUCGUUCAGCUCAGACCUUGAACUCUCUAAACUGGGAUAACCUUGAGAAAAGACGUUCUCAGCAAUUUGGGGUUUUUAUAAUGUAUAAAACAAUAAACAAAAUGGUGCCCGACUAUCUUUCAAGCAAAUUCAUACCAACUAAUGUAAUACACAACUAUAAUUUGCGUCACUCUGAUUCAAAUUUUUUUGUCCCAAGACCUUUGACUGAGUUGCUUCGACUUUCUCGUUAACCCAACUCGUUGCGUUUCAGAUAAGCUCUUCAAAAUCGGUGGAUGAAAUCGUUGCAAGUCACAAGCCUGUCAAGAAACCAUCAUUGCUUUUCAAAGCUGCAGAGUCGCAUGUAUUUAAACUGGUAGGUUGUUAUUUCUUCAUUAAUACCUUUUGCACACGAGUAUAGUCACAACCAUAUCCCUAGUCACAACCAUAUCUCUAUAGCGUUAACUCAAUUGUGUACGAAAUACGAGGAUAUUCACGCAACGAAUCACUCGGCCUUGAAGUUUAACUUUCAAAUUUCUGUAUCUUUUAGAACAAAGAAGAACAUGUUCCACUAGUUAUCAAAGAAACAGCGCCAUGUUAUGUUUACAAACCGUUGGAAGUGGAAAACUUUGGACCUAAGCCUCCAGUUGCUGCUGUCUUAAGGAGUAAAGGGUGAGUAUGCGGUCUUCUCGGCAGGCCUUAAAAUAUUGGUCGGUCACGGACAUUGUCCGACCCAUUCGUGAAAUUGUCCGACGUAGAGAGGAAACCACCGGACAUUCUGUCCGACCAAAGUGAAACUGAAGUUUAUUGUUUGUCCGACCCGAGCGUAAUGGUGUCCGACCAAACUGUAGCUUUGUCCAGCGUAAAUCAAAAUGUACCCUAGCCCAGGACUAGAGGCUUGUAUGUUAAAUGGAAAAUCAGAGUACUAUUGUAUAAAAGGUGAACUGGAAAUGUUGUUUUAACGUAGUCGAGCGCGGGGCGGCGACCGAAAUGGUGAAAUGGAAAGUUAACGGUCUUAAGUUGUCGAAGUCUUUUAAUACUGCUGUUCUGGGAAGCAAGUUAAUUUUGGCUUGGAAAUAAAUAUGAAAGAAACAAGUUAUUUAAUAUCUUUACAACAUUUACCGUUUAUUCAUUUGUGUCAUUCAGACUUAUUUCCGAGUCAAAACUGAACUGAAGGUCAUCGGACAAUAUGUCCGACCCAAACUCAACGUCACCGGACAUUUUGUCAGACGGCCCUGGAAAAGAUAUUUUAAGGCCUGUUCUCGCUCAGAUAAUAACUAUUGGCCCUGUGGCAGGAAUCGAACUGCGAUCCCGGUGCAGCGCUCUAACCAACUGAGCUACAGAGUCCAGUUGUCGAGCUCUAACCACGAGUUCUUGUAUAUAAUAUAUAGUCGAUGAUGUCAUUAUAAGGUAUGGGUAAAUAUCUUGCACUCGAAAUUCCCAUCUCUACAAAAACCCUUCAACUGUUCGUUCUAUCGAGCGAGAUGCCCCAAAAAUCUCGAUAUUUACCCAAUGUAGCAUUUUGUAAAACCUAGGGAUAAACACGCUGGCGUUUGUAGCACCAGGUUCACGUUUUAGUAAGAGUUACUAUUUUUAGACUUUUCUAAUUUUGUAUUCUUUUGUAUUUUAAACUUAACCCUAAUCCUAACCCUAACCCUUACUCUAACCCUAACCCUUUCCCUAAUCCAAACCCUAAUCCUAACCCUUACUCUAACCCUAACCCUUUCCCUAAUCCAAACCCUAAUCCUAACCCUAAAAGUCUAAAAAUAAUAAUUGUUCCUAAAUCGUGACUUUCAUUGUUAUAAAUAGCACUACUUUGAGUCUUGUACUUUCGAGUGCUCUUUGAGCGGGAUCCAUUUAUCUUUUCAUUCUUUUCUUUUCUUUUAGAUAUUUGUCCAACAUCCGUUCUGCUCAGGUGUUAGAACGUGCUGGGGGAUAUGGCGAGGAAAUCGCUUGCGAGCGAGCUCUGCAAGAAGCAUUCUCAGCAUUGUUCACUUGAAGAAUCCAGGAUUGUUGAGCUAGAUAUAUUUAGAGUUAACUGAAGCAGGAUUUGCUUUAACGACAUGGUUUUUUGCCAACGAAUGUCUAGUUCGAAAGAAGAGCAUGUGUAGAAGUACCGUUUGUUUGUCGUUCUCGGGUUGCCGAUCAGAAUUGAAAGGUCCCUAUAUGUAUACUAUCUCGUUUGUUCAAGAUGUUGGAUAUUUUCUAUUAAACGAAUGUUACUGUAAAUUUAUGACGUACAACCACCCUAAAAUAUGAUUUUUAGUACGUAUAAUAUUUGGGUAUUCUUAGAAGAAAUGAAUCUAUAUGAUAUUUUGUUAUAGUAAUCUUGAUCAAUCAACUUUUUUAUUGUCAAUAUUUCUGGAUAUGAUAUAUCAUUGCAUGAAAUUCUGCUGCUAAGAACAAAGGCAAACGUCAAUGACAUCAUAUCUGAAAAUUUGUACAGUGAAAAGUCUGAAGAUCUUUUCAAAGAAGGUAUAUUACAAAGAAGAUAUAUUACAAAGAAGAUAUAUUACUACAAGUAGGGGUAAUUCAAAGAAGAUAUAUUACAAAGAAGAUAUUACAAAGAAGAUGAUUAUAUUACUACAAGUAGGGAUAAUUCAAAGAAGAUAUAUUUCAGUUGGCACGCGAAAGUUUGAAUGAGAGUUCUCAACUCUCGUGCCGCGAGUCAAGCAAGAUGAAGAGUUGCAUGAGAGUUGAUAGGAGUUGGAUUGCGCGUACCAGUGAAACAAGCAAAAACUCGAUAGAACUGAUUUCAAACUAGCGCAACAGUUGCUAAUGAAUGCUAAUGAUAUGCUAAUGUAUGCUAAUGUAUGCUAAUGUUUGCUAAUAAUAUGCU